GCAGCUUGUACGCACGCGCGCGCCAUUGCGCGGAAGUGAGGGCCCCAGUAGCACGUGGGCUCUGGGACGAUGGAGGGGGCUCUGCGGGCUAACGCCAAGAUGAGCACUGAGUCUGGAGUAGAGUCCAGUCCUCGGGGCCCUGGCUGCAGCCUCCGUCACUUUGCCUGUGAACAGAACUUGUUAUCCCGCCCGGACGGCUCUGCCUCUUUCUUGCAAGGGGACACAUCGGUACUGGCGGGCGUGUACGGGCCAGCCGAGGUGAAGGUCAGCAAAGAGAUCUUCAACAAGGCCACCCUGGAGGUGAUUCUGAGGCCGAAGAUCGGGCUGCCUGGCGUCGCCGAGAAGAGCCGGGAGCGGCUGAUCAGGAACACGUGUGAAGCAGUGGUUUUGGGAGCGCUGCACCCCCGAACCUCCAUUACUGUGGUGCUGCAGGUCAUCAGUGAUGCUGGCUCUCUUCUGGCCUGUUGCCUGAAUGCUGCCUGCAUGGCGUUGGUGGACGCAGGGGUGCCCAUGCGCGCCCUCUUCUGUGGGGUCACCUGUGCUCUGGACUCUGAGGGGACCCUCGUGCUGGACCCCACGGCCAAGCAGGAGAAGGAGGCCCGGGCCGUCCUGACCUUUGCCCUCGACAGUGUGGAACGGAAGCUGCUGAUGUCCACCACCAAGGGGCUCUAUUCGGAUGCCGAGCUCCAGCAGUGCCUGGCCGCGGCCCAGGCCGCCUCGCAAUGCGUCUUCCGCUUCUACCGGGAAUCGCUGCAGAGGCGUUACUCCAAGAGCUGAGGCAAGCUGGGGCAGGGCGCCCUCCCGCCGCCGCCUCCGUGGAAAAUAAACCAGCAGCCAGGCCUCGCCUCUCCAGCCCUGUGUGCCCGGAGGAGCUUGCGGGCCUGGGGGCGCAGACUCCUGCCCCGCCCCCCCACCCCCCAAGCAUUUCCACACCGGGAAGCAAGCCCCACCCACCCUGCCAGUCCGACAGAUACCCAUGGGGUGUCCGCCCUGUGCGGGUCCUGCUAGGUACCAGAGACCCAGCAGUGAACAGCCCCCCCCAGGUUCGAGGAGCAGUGGGGUGAUAGGCCAAGGCAGUUGGUAUUUGUCAGAUGGUGGUAAAUGCUGUGUAAAAAGCAAAAAGCAGGGAGGCCAGAUUUAAUGCAGCAGUCAGGGACGUCGCAGGGGAGCCCAGGAGGAGGCCUGGGGAAGAGGGAGGACCGGAUUAGGGGUGGCUCUGGUGUGCAGGGCAAGUAGGGAGGGGGGAGGGAGGAGAUGGGUCAGGGAGGGAGCAGGCACAGCGGGAGGGCCUUGCGGGUCUUGGCAUCCCUGCCUUAACAAGAAGGAACAAGCUCAAGAAGGCAGUUAGCUGCAGAUGUCCCCAGCUAGCUGGUGACGGAGCAGGGGGUUCUGCUCAGAGUCCGGCCCCAGAGCCCUUCACCGUCCGGACGAGCCCAGGAGACCCCAGCACACUCUGGACCGCGGUUCCCCAUCUGUAAGCAGAGGAGGCUGAGACCCAUUGGUUAGGUGUGUGGAAACACGGGAAGGGGGUUUUUAGCAGCCAUUGGACCGCUCUAUCCCCCACUCCCAUAUUUAGGGGGCAGGAGCCAAGAGUAUGAGCACAUCUCACAGGAGUAACUCUCCCACAGCUGGGCCACAUGGUCACCAGAUUCUGCGGGGCGCUAACAUUUGGGGGUUUACAGUGAAAAUUAUACGUCUGGCGGGCCCGCAGCCGCAUGCUUCACAUGCUUGAACUAGCUCACACGGUUCCCACAAUUGCCCCCUUGGAGCCUGUGUCAUUUUCGUCCCCAGUUACCAAGAAGGGGAAGCAUCAAAGUCUUGAGCUUGAAACGCUGUUCUGUGAGACCCAGGAGAACACCAAAUGGGAAAGUGUUGUCUUGUAGUAAGAUCCACCAGAAUGGCAUUAAACAGAAUGAGAAAACUAAGCCAUAAA